UCUCCGCCGUUUGAAAUGCAAUAAGAUUCGUGCGAGGCCACGCCCAGAGCUAUCAAAUCCUCGUUUUCACGCCGAAACCCUUCCACUUCUUCUCCGGGCUCCGGCGGCGGCGGCGGCGGCGAAGAUGAUCAUCCCGGUGCGCUGCUUCACCUGCGGCAAGGUGAUCGGGAACAAGUGGGACCUCUACCUCGACCUCCUCCAGGCCGACUACACCGAGGGGGAUGCUCUGGAUGCUUUGAACUUGGUCCGCUACUGCUGCAGGCGAAUGCUCAUGACCCAUGUUGACCUCAUAGAGAAGCUGCUCAACUACAACACAUUGGAGAAGACCGAGACGACAAGUUAAUCGAACACAUCAUCUCCAAAAAGACUUUGUUUCCUAGUAUCUUGUGUUGGUGGUAUCUUGUUUCUUCUGUGUGAGGAGAGACAGGUUUUGAAAUGAUGUCCAAAGAGUUUUGAUGUGACGGUGUGUGUUGCAUCUAUGUACUUGUGACACUGUUGGAUAUUUCUAUUAACGAAAACUCCUUAUAUUUGUGUGAAAUGGAUCUAUAAUAUUUUGUUAGCAAA